AUCGUCACACAUCACAACGUACCGUAGACAUAGCGUUGCCAUUUUUUGCAUCACAUCACAGAGCUAAUCAAGGAAACUGGCCAAACUUUUGUGAAUGUGUGAUUUUUUGUCGCGAUUUCUGCUAUAAUAGAGACAUAUGGGCUGACUUCGAAAACGUACUACUGCAAAGUAUCGAUUCAGCAUGACUGCAGUAUUUAUACAUCGUCGGUAUGCAACCACAUUGCAAACAGAUGCGUUGUAUAAUUUGACGUUACAGAACCUAAUUGCUAAACAAAACAAAACCAGAAGGAUACACAUAGAAGAGGUAUCAUAGAAAGAGACAACCUGCCAUAAUUGUAAUUUGAUAGAACGGGAAAGAUGUUGAAUAUCCAAGGGGAAAUGGGUUACUUUUUUGCCACUCGCUGAACAAAAGUAGAACAUUUUCAAUGUCGAAAAUAUUUCGGAUGCAUUAAAUAACAUUAUACUUUGUUCUUAUACGUUGCAGUUGACGUUUCAGGUCGACUUUAUACCGCAUAUAUCGGCCAAUAUGUGAGAUAUCUUAAAGUAAUUUGGAGAUCGUCUUCUCAUGAUAAGAUUGUGAAUUUGCGCCUAAAAUAAAUAAAACCGAGUUAAUACUUCCCCCAACUCUGAUAUAACAUACCUAAUAUGCAUUUUUAAACAUCCUGUUGCCUUAUUAUGAUAUAUAUCGGUCGAACUCUAAUAUAUCUAAUUGAAACUCAGAGAGCAGCUUUUUCUAGUAAUAAUAUGUCGUGGCAGCAUAUCCAUAUACCUAACAUAAAUAUAUGUAUAUGUAUAUCGGUCAGUAUGUAAAAUAUCUUAGCACAGGUGAACGUAUAAUAUUGGAUAUACGAGUAUUAUAGCUUAAUGCCGAAAAUGCGUGAAAUCGGUCCACAAAUUUUCUAAGUUAUAUAAAAGCUGUUCUAUAUACUAAAGUUAAUGCAAUCAGCGCACACCUUCCGCACCUGGGGUUGAAUUUAUAUCACAUACAUACAUAUAUCUUAUUUAAGUUAAUUGGGUUGAUUUGAAUAGAAAUAGAUAUUUUGGAUAUUAAGAAAUAUAUAGUGUUGAAAUAGAGUGAGUAUAUGACCUAUAAUUUAGGUUCAUAAUAGAAUAAAUAAGAUUUUAGUCUAUUCACUGUUCAAUCGAAUAAUGAAAUUUGAUUUCUCGUGCAACAUUUCUUAAUAUUAUAUAAAGAUGUGCUAACACCUAAAAGUAUCUCCCCGGCUUUAAUUCUUGAAAAUUGCGGGAGUAUAAAAUGUUCAGUUGGGUGCAACUUUAUUUAUCAUUUACAACUACAUAUUUGGCCUAAAUAUGUCCAUUAUUUUACAUUAUUAAGAUCCUUGCCCACGUUGUAGUGAUUUCGAAUAAAUGCAUAGUAACGAUUAUUGUAAUCUUUAUCCAUGUAAAUGUGUUUUCUUGUUUAUAUUUCGUAAGAAUCUCUGCCCAUGCGUGAUUUCGGUUCAUUAUUAACGACAAACGUUCACAAUGGAAUGGAUAAAUGCUGAAAAAAUUAGAUAAUCGGCAAAACUAUGUUUGAUAUUAGUAUUUAAUCAGAAAAUCGAAAGAAAGUGUAUUGUGAUAGAAGUGCCAGUUUUGAUAUAUUACGAAUCCCUUAUUUUAUUUGGCAGUCAAUAUCUACACACAUUCAGAGUUUUUAGCAACUUUGUGAUAUACGGUAAGAUAAUUAACAAGGGAGCUUCAAUGACAAUAAAUUUUUAUUUAUGUCUCAUUUGUUGUGAAUUUGCUUUGAGUGAAUUUAUGUAUAACAACCUAUUGGCCUUUUGCGUUGGAUUAAGAGUAGUGUAUGGUUGACAGUAAAAAGAGCGAAACGCAGCAGAUGAGGCGAGAGAUACGUGGAGUUUUGGAACCUUUUGAUUAAAACAGAUUUAAACCACCUACGCUAUGAAAAAAGACGAGAUAUGUGGACAACAUAAGCCGACUCCAAAACCAUUUUUAGAGGACCUCGGUCGGAAGUGCAAACAUAAUAGUUUUAAUACAUGUAUAAAGAAUAAACGAGAAACUGGCACGAUUAAUCACACCAACAAUAUAAAUGCAAUUACUCCAGAAGAAACUGAGCAGCGUCAAGGCCAAUAUUGCUUUAGAAGACAAAAUGAGAUAAGGAACAGCAGUCAAGAAAUUGACAUAUCGCACGGUUCGCUUCUCUUUUACGGAACUCAAAAUUUUACUUUAAGGACAAGUGGGCGAAAUAAAAUCAAUGAUAGCAACUUUUUUCUUACAAACCAUUUUUCUGAAAAGGGUGUUGAUUUGGUUCCUGAGCAAUAUCAUAGCGCAUCUUUACCAAAGGAAACACAAUACUUGGUCACGAACUGCGAAUUUUAUGGAACGGAUGAUAUCAGUAGUAAAUCAACUGAUAUAUGUCAAGAUGCAACAGAUAGAAAUUGGGAUGUUGAUCGGAUAUUAAACCAUAAAACAAAAACGAUCGAUAACAGCAAGCAAGUACAGUUAUAUGGAUGUUCAAACGCAAACUCAACGAUAUAUGUAACCGAAUUAUCAUCAACAUCAAUUAUUCCUAAGAGUUCAAGUAAAAUUUACAAAAUAUCAAGCACUGAUACUAGCAUUGAUUUAUUAACAAAUAAGUUUAGCGGCGAACAAACUAAAAAAAGAAUUAGUGGUAAAAUUAUAAAAAAAUUCAAUUCUAGUAGUAAUGAAGACUUUAGUAGGCAGUUUUUGAGAAUACAGGAAGGAAAUCAAAGCCAAUCAGUCCAACAAAUAAUAAGCCUUUCAAAAACCUCACCCGAUAAAUGCUACAAAAAAAGCAACGACAGCAUUAAAUCCAAUAUCAAUGAAAAAGAACAUGAAUCCAAUAAGCACCAGUGCGAUAAUUUCGAUAGAUCGUGUAACACAAUUAAUGCAAACGUAAAUAGCAGUGGAAGUAGUAGUAGUAGUGCCGACAAACGUAAUUAUAGUAAAAGCAGGAGUAGAAGUAGCAGUAGUAGUAAUAGUUGUAAUUGUGAUAUAACGGGUGAUAACAGUACUUUGCAUGGUUUUGGUGUUGGCGUAUUAAGCAGUUUACCGGGUGAUUGUGAUUCUGCAAGUAACACUACGCAAGCUCAGCCACCGUCAAUAUAUCAUUCUCAAUUUGAAGACCAGUGCCAACAUAAUAAAACUAUAGAGCUAAACUGGGACGUACCCCAGCAGAAUUUUUUAACCCAAACAAGAAAUUUUAAUUGCAAAUCUGGUGUUUUUAUUGAGACAGAAACACAAGCACCGAUAACAGAACUUAAAACGAUUUUAAGACAUGGUUCAGGCGAUAUCACUGACUGCGAUAGUUGCAGCGAACUGCAAUUAUUAAAUUUAAACGAUUAUAAAGCUGGUUCAGAUAUUGAAGGUGGGAGUUUGGAUGAUAACAUAAUCGAUACAAUUUCAGAAAAUUCGAAUGACGUCGUCAUCGAGCUUCGAGGGUUCGAAAAAUUAAACACUCAGUUUGAUUCUUGUAAUGUAAAUAAUGAAUUCCUGCCUUUGAGUCAAUACAAAUCGUUCGAUUAUUCAUCACAUCCCUUAAUAAAAUUUUACGAAAACGAAGACAAGCCUAAACAUUAUUUUGAUACACCGGAGACUUUUAUAUCCGACCAACGUUCUAAAGAUAUUUUUGGCAACAUGGAUCUUGAAAGCAAUCGAGAGCAAUCAGGUGGAACUGAUGGAGGAGCAAUAAAGCGUACAAACAAUAAUGGUUUAGCAAGUAAUGAAAAUUUUAAUAAAGGCCAGACAGCUGCUUAUCAAACAAUUGCAAAUGGACCUGUAGAAACUGAUGGUAACCUUGGGACAUCAAACAUUCCUGACACAAUAAAUGGCACAACAAUUGCUGGUGGAAUAAAUCAGCAAAAGACUGCGGCUAAUGCAACUACGCAAAAGCGGUCGCAAAGACGAGGGGGGAAGCCGCAACCUGAUCGACCUCAACGUGUUUUGUUUUGUUUGGGUGUAAAAAAUCCACUUCGCGCAUUAUGUAUUAGUAUAGUCGAGUGGAAACCAUUCGAGUAUUUGAUAUUAUUAACUAUUUUUGCGAAUUGUGUUGCUUUAGCGGUUUAUACUCCAUAUCCAUAUAGCGAUUCCAAUGUAACUAAUCAGGCUUUGGAAAAGAUAGAAUACAUAUUUUUAGUAAUAUUUACAGCAGAAUGUGUUAUGAAAAUAAUUGCUUAUGGAUUCUUACUACAUAGCGGAUCGUAUUUGAGAAAUGGGUGGAAUAUUUUAGAUUUUUUUAUUGUGGUUAUAGGCAUGAUAAGUACUGUUCUUUCAAAUCUUAUGAAGGAAGGCUUCGAUGUAAAAGCUCUGAGAGCUUUCCGAGUACUACGACCUCUUCGACUAGUUUCUGGAGUCCCAAGCUUACAGGUUGUACUGAAUUCGAUCCUUCGAGCUAUGAUACCACUAUUACAUAUUGCUUUACUAGUUUUAUUUGUCAUUAUCAUAUACGCAAUUAUUGGAUUAGAGCUGUUUUCUGGAAAAUUACAUAAAACUUGUCUUCGCCCAGAUACUGGUGAAUAUAUGAAAGAUGAACACCCAUGUGGUACUGGAUUUCAAUGUCAAGAAGGUUAUGUAUGUCAUGAAAAGUGGGAUGGCCCUAAUUAUGGCAUAACUAAUUUCGAUAACUUUGGUUUGGCUAUGUUGACCGUGUUUCAGUGUGUUACUUUAGAAGGUUGGACAGAUGUUCUAUAUAACAUUCAAGAUGCCAUGGGUAGUACGUGGCAAUGGAUUUACUUCGUUUCAAUGGUUAUAUUAGGUGCCUUUUUCGUAAUGAAUUUAAUUCUCGGUGUGUUGUCUGGCGAAUUUUCAAAAGAGCGCACAAAAGCUAAAAAUCGUGGAGACUUUCAAAAACUUAGGGAAAAACAACAAAUAGAGGAAGAUGUGCGCGGUUAUCUGGAUUGGAUUACCCAAGCGGAAGAUAUUGAACCAGAUGUCGAUGGUAAUUUAAUGCAAGAUGGAAAAACAAAGCAAGUCAACGAGGCCAACUCAAUGGAUCAAAUGGAAGAGGAGGGUCAAGAAAUUCAAAUAUCUGAAUCCUGGUGGCGUAGGAAAAAAAAAGAUCUAGAUCGUCUGAACCGCAGAAUGAGACGGUCCUGUAGAAAAGCUGUAAAAUCGCAAGCUUUUUAUUGGCUCAUUAUAAUGUUAGUGUUUUUAAAUACCGGUGUACUUGCUACCGAACAUUAUGGGCAACCAAUUUGGCUUGAUAAUUUUCAAGAGUACACAAAUAUUUUCUUCAUUGGACUAUUUACCUGUGAAAUGAUGCUUAAAAUGUACAGUUUGGGAUUUCAAGGAUAUUUUGUGUCGCUGUUUAAUCGUUUCGAUUGUUUUGUUGUGAUUGGUAGUAUAACGGAAACAAUACUAACAAACACGGGUAUAAUGCCACCAUUGGGAGUAUCAGUAUUACGUUGCGUUCGACUCUUAAGAGUUUUUAAGGUUACAAAGUAUUGGCGAUCUCUUUCCAAUCUUGUGGCAUCAUUGUUGAAUUCAAUACAGUCAAUCGCUUCCCUCUUGCUAUUGCUAUUUCUUUUUAUAGUAAUAUUUGCUCUUUUGGGUAUGCAAGUUUUUGGAGGAAAGUUUAAUUUUAAACCAUCAGAAGAAAAACCUCGUUGGAAUUUUGAUUGCUUUUGGCAAAGUUUAUUAACUGUAUUUCAGAUUCUUACUGGUGAAGAUUGGAAUGUUGUUAUGUAUGACGGAAUACUUGCCUAUGGAGGAAUAAAAACAUUUGGAGCAUUGGCAUGCAUUUACUUUAUAAUUUUAUUCAUAUGCGGCAAUUAUAUAUUGUUGAACGUUUUCUUGGCCAUUGCUGUUGAUAAUCUAGCUGAUGCAGAUUCUUUAACAACAAUCGAAAAGGAAGAAGAAAUUGAUGAUGAUAAAAAUAACAAGUCACACAGCCCCACUCCAACUAUUGAAGGAGAGGAAGAGGAAAAUAUGAAUAUUGAAAUGGAUGCGAACGGACAUUGUAUUGACAUAGAAAAAUUGGAUGAGGAUACUCUUUCUGAAGAUGAAGAGGAUGAAAUAUGUGAUGAGGACCUAGAAGAAUCCCGUUCCGAAGUAACACCUAGAGCAACUGCACGACCUCGACGUCUUUCUGAAAUCAGCAUUAAGAAGACUAAAAAACCUAUGCCAAGAGGAAGUUCAUUUUUUAUAUUUAGUAACACAAACAGGUUUCGUGUAUUUUGCCACUGGCUUUGUAAUCACAGCAACUUUGGAAAUGUUAUAUUGUGUUGCAUUAUGUUCUCAUCGGCAAUGUUGGCAGCAGAGGACCCACUACGGCCAAACGCCGAUCGUAACAAAGUACUAAACAAAUUUGAUGUUUUUUUCACGGGUGUCUUCACAAUAGAACUGUUACUGAAAUUGAUUUCAUAUGGCUUCGUGUUGCACGAUGGAGCCUUUUGUAGAUCUGCAUUUAAUCUUCUUGAUUUACUUGUAGUCUGCGUCUCCUUAAUAUCAAUGCAGUCCAGUUCGAAUGCGAUUUCAUUCGUGAAAAUAUUAAGAGUACUUCGCGUUCUUAGGCCUCUGCGUGCCAUUAAUCGUGCCAAAGGACUCAAGCAUGUAGUUCAAUGUGUAAUAGUGGCUGUCAAGACAAUCGGAAAUAUUGUCUUAGUGACUUGCCUUCUGCAAUUCAUGUUUGCCGUAAUAGGAGUCCAGUUGUUUAAGUAUGUUGUAAAAUGUGUUGUUGUCGCGAUAAAAACAAUUGGUAACAUUAUGCUAGUUACCUAUUUGUUACAAUUUAUGUUUGCUGUCAUUGGAGUGCAACUUUUUAAGGGAAAAUUCAGUUUAUGUUCGGAUGGCUCGAAAAUGAAAAGAGAGGACUGUCAUGGCACCUACUUAUUUUAUGAAGAUGGAGAUGUACACAAGCCACGGUUAAUGGAGCGCGCAUGGGAUAAAAACAAAUUUCACUUUGAUGAUGUAGCCAAAGCGAUGCUCACCUUGUUCACUGUCUCAACUUUUGAGGGAUGGCCAGCGCUUUUAUAUGUAUCUAUUGAUUCUAAUGAAGUAGACGGUGGACCAAUACAUAAUUUCCGCCCGAUUGUUGCCGCUUAUUAUAUAAUUUAUAUAAUUGUAAUAGCCUUUUUUAUGGUUAACAUCUUUGUCGGUUUCGUUAUCGUAACUUUUCAAAACGAAGGUGAACAAGAAUAUAAAAACUGUGAUUUGGACAAAAAUCAAAGAAAUUGCAUAGAAUUUGCGCUUAAAGCAAAACCAGUAAGGCGUUAUAUACCAAAACAUGGCAUACAAUAUAAAGUAUGGUGGUUUGUUACGUCAUCGUCCUUUGAAUACACAAUAUUUAUUUUAAUUAUGAUUAAUACUGUGACUCUUGCAAUGAAAUACCAUAAUCAACCACCGUGGUACACUGAGCUCUUAGAUGCUCUAAAUAUGAUUUUUACUGCCGUAUUUGCGCUAGAAUUCGUGUUCAAGUUGGCGGCUUUCCGUUUCAAGAAUUACUUUGGAGAUGCUUGGAAUGUUUUUGAUUUCAUAAUAGUGUUGGGUAGUUUUAUUGACAUUGUUUAUUCCGAAAUAAAGAAUAAGGAUACUUCAUCUCUGCCUUGUGACAUCGUGGAGGGAUGCAAAGCUAAGACCAAGACGGGGUCAAAUUUAAUAUCGAUAAACUUUUUCCGUUUAUUCCGCGUUAUGCGAUUGGUUAAAUUAUUGAGCAAAGGUGAAGGAAUUCGGACACUGCUGUGGACAUUUAUCAAAUCUUUCCAAGCUCUUCCUUAUGUAGCCUUGCUAAUAAUUAUGUUGUUUUUUAUUUAUGCGGUUAUCGGAAUGCAGGUUUUCGGAAAAAUCAAUCUGAGUGACGAGACCGCCAUACACCGGAAUAAUAACUUCCAAACAUUUCCACAGGCAGUACUAGUCCUUUUUCGUUCUGCAACGGGGGAAGGCUGGCAAGAAAUAAUGAUGUCUUGCUCGACCGACGAAGAUGUACGUUGCGAUCCGAAAUCCGAUAUGACCAAAGAUUGUGGAUCAAAUAUUGCAUUUCCUUACUUCAUAUCUUUCUACGUUCUUUGCUCGUUCCUUAUUAUCAAUUUGUUUGUUGCUGUUAUUAUGGACAACUUUGAUUAUCUGACUCGUGAUUGGUCGAUCCUUGGACCUCAUCAUCUGGAUGAAUUCAUCCGCCUUUGGAGUGAAUACGAUCCGGAUGCUAAAGGUCGCAUAAAGCAUUUGGACGUGGUUACGCUCCUACGUAAAAUAUCACCUCCAUUAGGAUUUGGUAAACUAUGUCCACAUCGAAUGGCAUGCAAAAGACUUGUUUCUAUGAAUAUGCCGCUAAACUCUGAUGGCACUGUUCUUUUCAAUGCAACCCUGUUUGCAGUUGUAAGAACAUCACUAAGCAUAAAAACUGAUGGAAAUAUUGACGAGGCUAAUGCAGAAUUGCGUGCAACAAUAAAACAAAUUUGGAAACGUACCAGCCCUAAACUUUUGGAUCAGGUAGUACCUCCACCAGGAAAUGAUGAUGAGGUUACCGUUGGGAAAUUCUAUGCCACAUAUUUGAUUCAGGAUUACUUCAGACGCUUUAAAAAACGAAAGGAACAAGAAGGUAAAGAAGGACAGUCUGAAAAUGCGACUUUAACACUACAAGCGGGAUUGCGAACUUUACAUGAAGUAUCACCAGCAUUGAAACGGGCAAUUUCCGGAAACUUAGACGAGUUAUCUGAGGAACCUGAGCCGAUGCACAGGAGGCAUCAUACGUUGUUUGGUACAGUAUGGUCAUCUUUUCGACGACAUGGUAACAGCUUUAGGCAUAAUCGGAAAAAUCAAAAAUCACAGUUAAAUGGAGAUAUUGGUGGUACCGAAUCAACGCCUAGUGCUGCUGAUUCCUUCAAUUUGAAUCCGAUGUACGACGCCAAUCGCUGCAAUGUAUCUGACAGCAUAAAUCAUAUUACAAAAAGUCUGAUGCAAGCAAGAUUUGGUUCCCAACCGACUGAGGGCGGUGGCAGUAAUACCACUGAAUACCAUGACUUUAAUUCUCCUGGUGAUAUUCGUACAUUUAGUGAGAGCAUAUCCAUGCGCCCACUUGUCAUGAGUAGCGGGAACGAUGGAAACAACUUGCUAACACUUACUUCCGGGCGUAUAACAAAUCAGGAAAGUCCUUUUGCGGCAACAGAAUCUUAUGACUCCACUCCCGGGUUUUCAUUGCACCCUUACAAUAAUGCAAAUGGUAUUCGUGGCCACGAUCGUGCGAUGCCAACAAAAAUAGGUAGCCUUUAUGAUCCCCAUCCUUCAGCAACUUUAUCUAAAGUCAAUGGUCCUGCAGAAAGUCUCGUUGGCGGGGUACUAGUUGCAGAAGGUCUAGGAAAAUAUUGCGACUCAGAAUUUGUUGGUCAAGCAACUCGUGAAAUGCAAGAGGCUUUAGAUAUGACGCUGGAGGAGAUGAAUUUAGCUGCUCGGAAAUUAUUAGGAAACGAACAAAGUACUCGGCGGACAUCAUUCGAAUAAUUUUUAAGUUUCACAAAAUUUAGCUAACUACGAAUUACUUAAGUAGCCCCUAUACGAACAUUAUAGGAAAAUAAAACAAUCUUCAAUGCCAGAUGUAUAACCUCGCGACAAUUCUACAAGUUCAACGUCAGAAGGAAUACCUGUAAAAAUAAUAGGUUUACAAUAAAUGACGAUUGUUUCCCUAAGUAAAGCCUUUAAUAUCUAUAUUUAUUUAUAUGUAUAAAUGUAAAGAAGUAACCAAUAGUUAAAUUUUUAUAUAAUGCUUAAACGAUGCAAAUGUUAAAGUUCUUGAAAUUUAUAAGAGAUUAAAUUUAAUUAAAAUUUUUGGAAGAAUGAGAUGAAUAUUUUAUAUAUGUAAACAACAGCAUACUGUUAAAUGUCUUGGUAAAUGUAAGAAAUCGGCAUAUAUCAAAGAAUUUCCCACAUAAAAAUACAUAGAAAAUUUUACGAAUGACAAACGGGAUCAUUUCGUCAUAAGAAACUGUGAACAUAAACUAAAAAUCAAAAUUUUAAUUAGGAAAACCUCACAAUGUUCAUACACACAUGUUAGUAAAAUUAAUAUAACAUAAUAUAAACACACCAUGUAUGCCCACGAAUUGAGCUCGCCAGCAACGCAACUUCUCUGGUUUCACAUGUACACAACAAAUCGUUCAGCAGUCAUGCGAGCACCAGUAGAAUUCAUACAAAACGCUACAGUAUGAUGCGAUGAUUGGGCAAUCGAUUUUUAUACUCUCGCAACCUGUUGCUACAGAGUGUAAUAGUUUUGUUCACCGAACGGUUGUUUGUAUCACCUAAAACUAAUCGAGUUAGAUAUAGUGUUAUAUAUAUAUAUAUAUAAAUGAUUACGAUGAAAAGACGAAUUGAAAUCAGGGUGACUGUCUGUCCGUCCGUCCGUCCGUUUGUGCAAGCUCUAACUUCAGUAAAAAUUGAGAUAUCUUUAUGAAACUUAGUAGACAUGUUUCUUGGUACCGUGAGACGGUUGGUAUUGCAGAUGGGCGUAAUCGGACCACUGCCACGCUCACAAAACGCCAUUAAUCAAAAACAAAUAAAUUGCCAUAACUAAGCUCCGCAAUAAAAUACAAGACUGUUAUUUGGUAAACAGGAUCACAUUAGUGAGGGGCAUCUGCAGUUAAAUUUUUUUUUUUAAAGUAGGCGUGGUCCCGGCCCUAAUAAGUUUAAUGUGCAUAUCUCCUAAACCGCUAAUGCUAUAAUAACAAAAUUUACUGGAAGCAAAGUUUUUAGAACCUCUACCUACAGUGUGAAAAUAGUUGAAAUCGGGUGGCAACUCCGCCCACUCCCCAUAUAACGGUACUGUUAAAAAAUACUAAAAGCGUGAUAAACCAAGCACUAAACACGCCAGAGACAUUAAAUUUUAUAUCUGGGAUGGUAUGAGAUGACUUUAUAGGAACCGCGUUCAAAAUUAGAUAGUGGGCGUGGCACCGCCCACUUUUAGGUGAAACCCCAUAUCUUUAUAUAUCUUUCAUACUUCUAAGUCAUAGUGCGAAAAUGGGUGAAAUCGGCCUACAACCACGCCUAUUUCCCAUAUAACACCAUUUUCAAAUUCAUCUGAUUCUUUCCCUUUCCACUAUGCAUAUCAAGCAACAAUGAUUAUAUCGGGGUAAAACUUUGCCUGAAUAAUACGUUUAAAGUAUGCCACCUUGUGACCAAAAAUUGUCUAAAUCGAAUCAAAACUGUUCAAGCCCCUAAGUACUAAAUAUGUGAACCCCAGUGCCUAUAGUUGACGUUCUACCGAAAAUAUCAGUCAAUCCACAAAGAAAUCUCAAACGAGUAUACCAUUUGACUUUGCGAGAGUAUGAAAUAUUCGGUUACAUCCGAACUUAGCUCUUCCUUACUUGUUAACUAUUAUUUUUAAUAAAAAAAAGAAAAAACGUUAACUUCGGCUGCACAGAAGCUAUUAUACCCUUCGCAGCUACAUUUUUUUAUAGCAGAAAAGGGAAUAAAAAGAUCUUGAUUUUGAACCGUCAGCUUAAAUGGUAGUUAUUUGCUAUAGUUGUCCGAUCUGAACAAUUUGUUCGAAGAUUUUAGGGAUGCCACGGGCAAUAAUUUAUGCCAACUUUUGUGAAUGUACGUUGUCAAGUAAAUAAGUUUUCUAUACAGGGGCUUGAGUUUGAUUGGUCAGUUUGUCUCACAUGCUGCUUUGGGAAAAAGGAUAUGUGCCAAAUUUCAGAUGAACAGACAGACGGACAUGGUUAAAUCGACUCAGCUCGUCACGCUGAUCAUUUAUAUAUAUUAUAUAAGUUUACUUAAUAGGGCCGCUUCCUUCAUGUUACAGACUUCGUGGCAAACUUAAUAUGUAUCUUGUUCAGGGUUUAAAUAUACAUAACGGACAAGCAAUUUUUAAUUGGAAGAAGAAAGAAUUUUAACUUUUUAUAACAUACUCUCUGUCAAAGUAUCAUAGCAGCGUACCAUAAUACAUAAGUAUAAAUGCAAAAUUGUGACGUUGACGUUGGCCAUGGUUGGUCUACAGGUUAGGCAAACUACAUACAUAUACAUGUGUACAUAUAUAAAUAUUAUAUAAGGCUUCCAUGUUCUAAUUAAAUAAUUUAAUUUUGCAACAUAUGUAUGUAUACCUAUAAAUAUAUUUAGUUUAAUUCUCUACUAUUUUGGGUACGUGCUGAACAACUAUAUUUUUUGCAAGUGAAUAUUGAAAUAUUGAUUUAUACCUGAAGAAGAUUUGAAAAUUUUUUUUUAAUUAAGAAAGUGUUAUGUAUACUCAAAUAAAACUGUGGAAAUUUUACUUAUUUUGCAUUUGGGACAGCAAAUAAUUGAUGUUCAGCUCAUGUAGGAAGGAAACAUCAAUAAAGUUCCUCAAAAAUUCGUUAUCUUUUACCCACGAAAGUAUAAGAAAAUGUCAAAUGUGAAAUAUAAUGUCUAAAGUACUUUAAUGUUUAACAGCUCUUGGGGCAUUACUUUGCACAUUCAUAUACAUAUACGAACAAAUAUUCACUUUUACAUACUCUUUGAACUUUUUUGCCUUAAAAUCCUGAGCUAUAAUGUGUAUAUACUUGUAUAUAUAAAUACGUAUAUAAGACUAUAAAUAUAACGUUAACUAACUUUUUGAGAGUCGUAUAUUAAAAUAAAAAAACAUCAAAGAAUUACCUACUAUUGUAUCUUAACAUUGUAUGUACUUGUCUUUAUAUAUAUAAACGUACAUAUGUGCGCAAUAAACGUGUAAUCAAAAUUAAUUAAUUUUAUAAUAAAGUAAGAAAAAACUCAACAUAUUUGCAAGGUUACACCAACGCUAUAUGUACAUAUGUACGUAUAUAUGUAUAAACAUUUCUAAUCCUGAUUAAGCAAACAUUGCAUGAUUCCUUUUCAAUAUUUUUGUAACGGCUGCUGCGACCUUAUGUAACACCAUAUAACAAUAUAUUCUACACUUAUAAAUUAUUAUAUAUUUUGGAAUCAUUUUUAACGAUUAGAAAUACUAUAAUAAAUUACGAAAAUUAUUUUUAUCUUUCUACGAGUAUUCAUUUUAAAGCGUUAAAUCAUACGUUUUAGCAUCACUAGAGUCGAGAUAUCGUACACUAAAUACAAAAGAGUCACAACUCAAAAAGUAUCAAAAAUUUUUUCCGUAUAUCAAUUUGUAAUAGUAGUAAUAUUUGUAGUUGUUUUAUUUUAUUAAACACCCUUUUGGGGAAUUUAUUUUAUAGCAAUCUAGUAAAUUAAUACCAAUAAACUAUUUGUUUCUGACUUAAAUUUAUACGGUUUUAAAAUUACAAAAUGCUUAUCCUAUGAUAUUCAUUUCAUAUGUGUAAAUUUAUACAUAUGUAUGUAUUAUAGUCACUAUUGAAUACUGAACAAUGAUUAAAUUUUUUUUUUUUGCACAAACUCGAAAGGUUUUACUCGCUUUAAUCUUCUGGUAAUGCCAUCAUUAUUAAGGAGCUGGAGAGCCUCAAUGUUGAUAUAUCGUUGAAGUCGUAAUAGUAGUAAUAUUUGUAGUUGUGUCACUACUGCUGAAAUAAAUCGUAAAUUUUCCCCUGUAUUCUAAAA